UGGCUUCCGUUUUCCGAUGGUAAUCCCGCUACUGCCUCCCACCCAAUCUGCUUUCCCGUUUUCUGAGUUUCAGUGUGUCUCUCGGGAGGAGGAACUGGAAUCAUGAUCUCUUAGACAUCAUUACGAGUCCGCUUACUUGCUCUGGCUACAGAAAUGGAGUCGUCCUUAUCGGGGGACUCAGGUCCCAUCUCAGAAGUUGGGCCCUCGCAUUCCCUGCCGGCCGGACCUCACCGUUUUCCUCUUGCAGCUCAACCGGAGAUUAUGCGAGCAGCAGAGAAGGAUGAUCAGUACGCCUCUUUUGUUUAUGAAGCUUGUCGCGACGCUUUCCGCCACCUCUUUGGCGCUCGGAUUGCCGUAGCAUAUCAGAGUGAGACAAAUCUCCUUGGACAGAUGUUGUAUUAUGUGUUAACAACUGGGUCAGGAAAGCAAACUCUUGGUGAAGAAUAUUGUGAUAUCAAUCAGGUUUCUGGACCUUAUGGACUUCCUCCAAAUCCAGCAAGACGUGCUCUUUUCAUUGUGUAUCAGACAGCAGUCCCAUAUAUUGCUGAAAGAAUUAGGUUUUUCAGCUCUAGAGUAGCUUCUCGUGGCAUCAUGCUUGCUGAAUAUGGAGAGACGGCAUCAGGUAAUGCAUCUUCUCAGUCUUCAAUAACCAUGGAAAUCCAACCUUCAUCAACCCCAGGGUCUGCUUCUUACCUAAUGAGAUUGAGAGCAAAAAUUAAUCGAUUAUGGCUGCAAACAGUUCGAUGCUGGCCUUCGGUUUUACCUCUAGUUCGUGAAUUUUUGCAAUUGGCUAUUCGUACAAACCUUAUGUUUUUCUAUUUUGAAGGACUGUAUUAUCAUAUAUCCAAACGAGCUGCAGGCAUUCGCUAUGUGUUCAUUGGAAAACCAUCUAAUCAAAGACCCAGGUACCAAAUACUUGGUGUAUUUCUACUGAUUCAACUUUGCAUUAUCGCUGCCGAAGGCUUAAGGCGUAGUAGUUUAUCAUCUGUUUCAAGUUCGAUUAACCCGACAUCCUUUGGAGCACAUCCUAGUUCAGCAGGUCGUGGUCCGCCUGUUUUAAAUGAGGAAGGUAAUUUAAUAUCGGUUGAUGGCGACUCUGGAAAUUGGGUCUCUGAUUCUUCACACUCUGAGUCCAACACAAGCAAUGGAAUAAGCAAAUGCACGCUGUGUCUGAGUAAUCGCCAACACCCAACUGCCACACCUUGUGGCCACGUAUUCUGCUGGAACUGUAUCAUGGAAUGGUGCAAUGAAAAACCUGAAUGCCCGCUUUGCAGAACUCCCAUUAAUCAUUCAAGCUUAGUUUGUCUCUAUCAUUCUGAUUUCUGAUGCCCCUUUUUUCAACCAAUUAUGAUCACAUUACAAAGCUAUACCUUUAUUCUUUGUUUUCUUCA